AUGAGCUCUCCUGACCUCGAAGCGCUCCUCCGCAUGGCAGCUACGAUGGGGCUGGGACCGGACGUCAUCAAGCAGGUUCGCGCGAACCCCGACAUGCUGCGUCGCCUGGCCGAGGGGGUGAGGGCGAGCGCGUCGAGCGGGAUCACGUCGCCAGCGUCGUCGACGGAGACGGACAUGCAAGACUUGCUCAAACAGCAUGCAGACGCUGCGAGGGCUGUUGCCGAACGGGAGAAGCGACUCCCUCCUCGACACCCGCCGAGGAAGGAUCGCGACGACCAGAUGCGCGAGAUGGAGGCUGGCCGCCGCCAGGCUAUGGAGGUUCAGAGCGUUGGGGAGAAGGGCUUUCAGUUCUCGUUCAUCGGCAUGCCCAAGGCAUCGUCCCUCGUGCCUUUGUCGAAGCUUCAGCCGAUCGUUUUCGACGAGAUGCAGGUGACGAAGACGCACGAAGGCCGCUAUCUCGCCGUACGGAUCGUCUCGCGCCCAGCUGUCAUGGUCGGCAUCACUUUCCUCGCCGAAGACGUCACUGGCCGCAGCGAAGUAAUCGCCAUCUACAACCUCGACCUGCACGGAAUCCACGCAGGACCCGACCUCGACGCUUUCUUUCCGCUUGGUACGAUCCUCGUCGUCCGCGAGCCAACUUUCAAGAUGAAUGCGAACGGAACGAUGAGCCUUGUCAGGAUGGACUCGCCCACCGACUUCGAGCUUGUCCGCCCUGGUCACCCCCUCUUCUCGACUCUCUCCUUCGCCACGCCUCCGCCCGUCUCACCUCGCACCGACGACUUCGACUUCAAGGCACUCGGUAACAAGUACUUCGUCGCCAAGAAGGACCUUCUCGCAGUCAAAGCCUACACCGACGGCCUCGCUCACACUCUUUCGCCCGAAGUCAGCCUUCUCCUCCGCCUCAACCGCUCGCAAGCCCACCUUCGCCUCGAGAACUUCGCUUCGGCCUAUCACGACAGCUCGUUCGUGCUGAAGCAGCUCGAUGAGGGCGUUAGCGGGCCGCCGCAAGCGAGGUUGAAGGCGACGAUCCGCCUCGCUCGCGCAUUCGAAGGGAUGCGCCACCUCACGCUCGCGCUCGAGCAGUUCGGCAAGGUUAUCAAGCUCGAUACCGGCAGCAAGGAGGGUGCGGAGGGCAAGAAGCGCAUCGAGCGCAAGCUUCGCGAGCGCGACACGGGCGGGUACGACUGGCGCGAACUGGAAAAGCUCGCCGAGACGCAGACGAGACUCGACGUCGGCGACUUUAUCGGCCCCAUCAAGGUCGUCGAGAUGCAAGGGCGCGGUGGAGGUCGCGGCGUUGUGGCUACGAGGGAUAUCGAGGCGGGAGAAGUCCUCCUCGUCGAGGCUGCGUUGGGCGUCGGCGAGCCUCCCAAGGGCGGAAUGAUGCUCACCCUCGACUUCCAGACCAACACUGCGACGAAGCCCUCUACGCUCGACCUCGUCUUGAAGCUCGCGAGCAGAAUUAGCGACGAUCCGACGGUUGCUCCCCUCGUCUAUGGCUUGCAUGGCGGAGCCCGCUUCCCUCCUUCGAAGACACUCGCCUUCGACUCCUUUACCGAGCGCCCAUUGCCCGUCGAGGGCGAGCAACAGUUUGUCGAUAUCGCCCGUCUUGAAGCCGUCUGUUCCACCAACACCUUCAGCGCUGGCUCGACCCAACUCGUCGAUAUCGUCGACGAGGACGCUGAGAGGGUCAUGAAGAAGAGCGCCAGCGGCCUCUUUCUCGGGGCAAGCCUCUUCAACCACAGCUGCUCGCCUAACGCUCGCUGGUCGCCCUUGCGCAACGUCAUGGUGAUUCGCUCGCGCACGUCUAUCCGCCAAGGAGACGAGGUCUUCCUUUCGUACGUCGCACCGCUCGACUCGCGCCGUCCCCAGAUCCUCCAAAGUCAUUUUCCGGCCGGGUGCAAGUGCUCGCUGUGUCUCGGCGAAGCCCUCGAUGGUUCGGUCCAGAUCGCUCGCCGCGCCUCGCUCAAGAAGACGGACUUCGCUGAGAUCCAGAAGGCUGUCGAAGAGCUGCGGGCGAGAGCUACACUCGAGCCAAAGAGCUUGAUCCGUCUUCGUCUGCGUCUCCAGAAGAUCCUUCGCCAGCUCGAGGCGACCUACUCGCAAAAGCACGGCGCCUUUCGUCCGGAGAUGGCGACGGUCUACCACACGAUGGGCGAGUUGACGGAUCCGACUCAGUCGUCGACGAGGGACGAGGGUAAUCGCUUCAGCAUCAAGGCUCUCACCGCUGCCGGAGCGGUCUUGGAGGAGACGACCGCGAAGGUCAAGGUUGUCGCCGCGCCCUGCAGUGACCCGUGCAACGCCGUCCCGCAACUCCUCAACAUCGCGCAUCGCUACAACAGGUCACCGGCAAAGCCGCAGCAGGCUCGCAAGUGGGUCAUGGCCGCUUUCGAGAUGAACCGCAUCCUGUACGGCGACGAUUGGUCUCGCUUCGUCGAACGCUACGUCGAGGACAUCAAGGCGUUCAAGAUUGAGUCCGUUGUCAAGGACUGCGGUGCCAUCUAG